AACUGAUUCAUUAACCAACUGGGCUAUGAUGUAUAACAGUUAACUACCCGUUUAAUGAUAAAACUGUGACCAAGACGUGUCAAACCAGUUGACAGGUAUCAUCCAACAACUAAAUAGUUCGUCUGUAAUUCGGCUUCGAGUUCAAAUGAUUAUUACAGCGUUGUGAGACUAAAAGGUUGUGAAAAUGGCGGACAUACUGAGCGCUGAUCCUUUCGUGGAGAAUCAUACAAGUGUUUCUAUUGAUGGAGGAUUCGAGCAUGCAUGGAGGUACAUGACAGACAACUACACAAGAUUCCAGAUCGCAGCUUACGGAUCCGCACUCCUUCAUUGUGUAUCGUACAUUUUGAUUUCUUCUCCAUCGAUCCUGUUCCGAUACAUUCCUUUCAUGGAUCGCUUCAAGAUUCAACAAAAGCCACUGUCAGGAGCUAAUGAGAUGAAAUGUAUCCGUCUUCUUCUGGUGAAUCAGUUCAUAAUCCAUGUCCCCUUCUACCUUGGAGCGUAUUACUACUGUGAAAUCAUCAAUCUUCCGUUCAGCUACGAGACUAUGUCAUCAUGGUACAUUACUCUUGCCAAGUGUUUUGCUUGUCUAGUUGUCGAGGAUACAUGGCAUUAUUUCAGCCACCGUCUACUUCACCAUAAGAGCAUCUACAAAUACGUCCACAAAGUACAUCACACUUGGCAGGCUCCCCACGGAAUGGUAGCCGAGUGUGUUCAUCCUGUAGAAACAAUCCUCCUUGGUGUGGGCAACAUGUGGGGCGUCCUCAUCUUUGGAAAUCAUUUCAUCCUCCUGUGGGCCUGGAUGUUUGUACGUCUCCUAGAAGUGAUUGACGUCCACUCUGGAUACAACGUCCCGCUUAACCCCCUGCAUCUAUUCCCAUUCUAUGGAGGUGCUAAGUUCCACGACUUUCAUCACAUGAACUUAAAAGGAAACUACGCCCCUACGUUUACGUGGUGGGAUAAGAUUUUUGGUACUGAUAUUCAGUAUAAUGAAUACUAUAAGAUGAAGAGGGAGGAGGACCUUAAGAAGCAAAAGUGAUCAAGAAAACUUCAUGAUGAGAAAUGUAUUCCGAAAGAAGCAACGAGACCACAAAGAGAACUUGUUCGUGCAGCCAAGAAGAUGAUGCAAUAAUUGAGAGAAUCUUUAUAAUGAAAUAAAAUGACUAAACAUUUUCCAUUAAUAAUAAUGAACAGAACGUCAUGAAAGAUUGACUGAAUCAUCGUGUAAUGCCAAGUAGAGCUGCAAAAAGGUUAUUGUAAGAAAUCACAUAAAUUGAAUGAAAAUUAUGAACAGUGAUACAUCAGGCAAAAUGAUAAGUUUUAUUAUGUUUUGAUAUUACAGAAUACCUUGCCCCAAUGCACGUGGCACCUACGUGUACCUAUAAGAAACUGGUUAUCCUGAACUCUUAACAAUGAUAAUGCAUUCAUGUUCAUUAUAUUUUACCAAACUAUUAAACGGGUAAAGAAAAUGCAAUUGUAAUUAGCCAAGAUAAAAUUGAGAACUUUAUUUUGUUUCACAUGCAGUCCCUAAUACAUAAAGUCUGUCAUAAAUUAACCAACUACUUUUAUGCAGAGUGCUCAACCAUCUGUGCUAAUUAUGACUUGUUUUGUUAUGAGUAUUGAGUGUAGACAAUAAAAACUACUAUUUGACAAA